AGUCAAAUAUCCAAGUUGGAUGGAUCCCUAAUCUUCAUUCAACCGGAACGAGUCGAGAUCUUAUCUAGGUGAGUUGAUUGAUCCUGGUGUCAGAACUGUACAUUUCAGGAGGAGGCAAGGCCGUGUUAGGGUGAACGGACAGUAACCUUCGCCAUGAUCAAUGACUUGACCCCAGCUUUCAAUUUCCGUCAAGCCACUGUGGAUGAUGCCGAGGCGGUCGCCAGCCUCAUCGCUCGGGUCUGGACGAAACACUUUGGAUGACGAAACUCUCUACAGAGAGCAUCGGGAAAUCCAUAUCGAGCCCAGAUGAGAGGUUUCUCAUCGUCACGGAUGACGGAGAGAAAGUCGCUGGAGUCGCUCAAUUGAUCUUCAACUCCAGGGAAGCAUGUCUGACCCUCCCUCAUCCCGUCGAAUUGAAUAGACUAUACAUCGAGGAUGAGUACCAUGGGAGUGGAAUAGCUGGGGAAUUGGUAAAUAAGGCUUCAGAGAUGGCCAGGGAGAAUGGCGGUGGAUCAUUAUGGCUCGGCGUAUGGGAGAACAAUGCUCGAGCCAAGAGGUUUUACGAAAAGAUGGGGUUCAAGACGGUGGGAGAGCACACAUUCAUGGUCGGAGAGAAUGUCAGGAGGGAUUGGGUCAUGGAAAAACCGAUAUAGAGUUUUCGACACCUCGCUGCAUACGCCAAUCGUUGUACCUCGAUAUGCCCUCUAGACUGGGCGCGCACG